AUGCUACCCAGCAAACCUCCACACGUGGGGCAAAACAGAGUCACCAACAUGCCCACGGUGCUCAAGGUGUGGAACACUCAAGCACACAUUGAGUGGCUGCCCAAAAGCCCCAGCAGAUGGGAGAUAUCGCUUUGCCACAAUCAGAUUGUGAAGGACCUUUCUCAAACCAUCAACAGAGGUCUUGACAUGAACAGACACACCUCUUCCAAGCUCAUCAACCUUGUCAGAGCUGGGGAACAAACACCUGCCACUAGGAAAUCUGCAGGGAUACUGGCCUCAGUUAAAGUCUGGAAGAUGUCUUUUGACCUAUGCCAACAGAACCACAUCAUCUGCAAAAAGCUGAGAGACAAUUCUGAAGUCUCCAAACGCCGACUGUGUCUUGAGAUUCUGUCCAUUAAAAUCUUAAACAGAAACAUUUACAAGGGACAACCCUGUCGGAGCCCAACCCCCAUCGAGAAUGAGUCUCACUUACUGCCGAGAAUACAGACACAGCCUUCACUGCAGUUCUUUUGGACCGAAUGGCUCGCAGCAACGGACCUGGUAACCCAUACCCAUGCAGCACCACCCACAGGGCACCUCAAAGGACACGAUUGUGAGCCUUCUCCAACUCAACGAACCACAUGUAGACUGGAUGUGCAAACUCCCAUGACCCCUCAACGCAACAAUGUCCUGAGCCUUCAGCAUGUCAGGGUGAAUCUCAUCGCCUUCUGGCACCUUGCCACUGAGGAGCUUUAUGACUACGUCUGCCAGAUCUCUGUCAGGGAUAUGAGCAAGGCCUCCCUCAAGUUGUCCAACUCUGCUUCCUCCAAAGAAGGCAUGUUGUUCGGGUUUAGGGGAUCCUCAAACUCCACCCCACUGGCAGUUCAGAGGCUUCAAACAGACAAGAAGGUGUUUGUACCUGCAUGCGUCAUGCUCGCUUUCUGCCUCUUGGAGCUCAGCUAUGUUCAGGUGUAUGUUGCUCUCCCUGAGACCUCGGACCUGUUUGCCAUGAUCGAGAGGAUGCAGAGUUGCAGAAUGGAUGAGCAAAGAUGCCCCCUCCCUCCCCCCCUCAAAACAGAAGAGGACUACAUCCCUUAUCCCAGCGUUCAUGAGGUUCUGGGUCGUCGUAGCCCUUUUCCACUCAUCCUGUUGCCCCAGUUUGGAGGUUACUGGAUUGAGGGGACCAAUCAUGAGCCUAAAGAUCCACCAGAGGCAGAUCAACCUCCCUGUCCUACCUCCCACAUCAAAUUGGAAACAAAUAGCACGGCCAAGAUCUACAGGAAACAGUUCAUGGGCAAGGAACACUUUAAUUAUUACACCAUGGAUGCUGCCCUGGGCCACUUGGUCUUCUCCAUGAAGUAUGAUGUCAUUGGGGAUCAAGAACAUCUGCGCUUGAUGCUUCGCAACAAGUUAAAAACCUACCAUGAUGUGAUCCCCAUCUCCUGCCUUACCGAGUUCCCCAAUGUGGUUCAGAUGGCCAAGCUUGUUUGUGAAGAGGUAAACGUGGACAGGUUUUACCCUGUCCUCUACCCAAAGGCAUCAAGGCUAAUUGUCACCUUUGAUGAGCAUGUGAUCAGCAAUAACUUCAAGUUUGGGGUUAUUUAUCAAAAGUUUGGCCAGACAGCAGAGGAGGAGCUGUUCGGCAACAUGGAAGAAAGUACUGCCUUUGUCGAGUUCUUGGAGUUUCUGGGCCACAAGAUUGAACUUCAUGACUUUAAAGGGUUUCGGGGUGGGCUGGACGUCACACACGGGCAGACGGGGACAGAAUCUGUCUACACAAGUUUCCAUAACAAGGAGAUUAUGUUCCAUGUGUCCACCAAGCUGCCUUACACAGAGGGAGACUCGCAGCAGCUGCAGAGGAAGAGGCACAUAGGCAACGACAUUGUAGCCAUCGUGUUCCAGGAAGAUAACACGCCCUUUGUACCAGACAUGAUCCAGUCCAACUUCCUGCAUGCGUAUGUCGUGGUUCAGGUGGAGGAUUCUUGCACAGACAAUGUCACCUACAAGGUGUCUGUGACAGCGAGGGAUGAUGUACCUUUCUUUGGGCCUGCUCUGCCUGACCCUGCCAUCUUCAAAAAGGGCCCAGAGUUUCGAGAGUUCCUCUUCACCAAGCUCAUCAAUGCAGAGUACGCCUGUUACAAAGCUGAGAAGUUUGCUAAGCUGGAGGAGCGCACACGUUCAGCCCUGUUGGAGACUUUGUAUGAGGAGCUGCACAUCAACAGCCAGUCCAUGAUGGGUAUGGGUGGAGACGAAGAUAAGCUAGAGAAUGGGGGUGGAGGAGGAGGAGGAGGCUUCUUUGAAUCCUUUAAGCGGGUCAUCCGCAGCAGAAGCCAGUCUAUGGACGCCAUGGGCCUCAGUAACAAGAAGUCAAACACAGUCUCCACUAGUCACAGUGGCAGCUUUACCCACAAUCCCGCAGAGAGCCCCAAAACCCCAGGGAUUUCAUUGCUUGUCCCAGGGAAAAGUCCCAGUAAAUAUGGACGACGAGGCAGUGCCAUAGGGAUAGGAACCAUAGAAGAGUCAUUGAUAAUUCCUGGAAAAAGCCCAACCAGGAAAAAGUCUGGGCCCUUCGGCUCCCGUCGCAGCAGUGCCAUUGGCAUCGAGAACAUCCAGGAGGUCCAAGAGAGGAGCCGGGAGGUGUCACCCAGCACCCAGAGGACACCGGACAGCAGCUUCUUGUCGCAGGAAAACAAAACAGAGAAUUCAUCCAAUCAUAGUUCUCCAGAGUUUGCUGCUACUAAGAACAGGGCGCCGUCUAUCCCUGAGGCUCAGGACCUUUCCCGCUCUUCCUCCAACGCCAGCAGCUUUGCCAGCGUUGUAGAGGAGCACGAGACCGAGCAUGAGGCAGACGAGGACUACGACACUGGACUGGAAAGUGCGUCCUGUGUUACGCCACUCAAGAAAGAGUCAUUUUUGUACAGCUCUGGGGUAGAAGACAGCACAUGCAGUACCAGCCAAGGAAGUUUUUCAGCUUCUCGUCUUGAGCAGCAACCCGACGGAGUGAAGGCAUCAGAGCCAAAAGCGACAGACAGCCGGCCCAAGACAGAGCGCCCCCCGCAGGAGCACAAGUUCUCAACGCAUUCCCUUCAGAGGCAUCUCUUGCCAAAAAUGAGCCAAGGGCAUGUGAACUCAAACACAGACGCAGAACAGGAGCAGGAGUUAAAAGCCAGAUGA